GUUGAAUAUUUCGUAGUUUCUUGCUGAUGUGAUCGCGGUAAAGCCUUGUUGCCUAUUUAGCAGCCUGCAAGUUGCAAGAGGUCGUUGAAGGGAAUAGGGCUUGUCCGUGACAACAAUGGGGUUUAUUUCGGAUUUGGCUGCCUCUACUGGGCAGAAUGAGCAAGCUUUGCUGCUUCUCGUCACAUUAGUCUGCGUAUUCCCCAUUGCGCUGUUCCAUCGGUUUUUCCUCUACCGCACAAACCCAACACUCCAGCAUGUAUAUGGGAUUGUUGCGGGAGUGGCGCUGACCUCCAUCGUGUUUGGCUGGUAUGACAUGCUCGUGUAUGCCAUGAGUCCUAGCCUGGUGGUCUAUGCGCUGCUCUUCAUCUUUGGCCCUAGCUCCACUCUGUCCGGAGCCAUCUUCUUCUCCAUGCUGACAUAUCUCCUCAGCUGUUACUCAGUAUUCAGCAGUGAAGACUAUGACAUCAACUGGACCACCGCCUUCUGUGUCAUGUUUCUACGCAUUACCUCACUUGUCAUGGACCUGUCCGACGGAAAGCUGCCAGAGGAGAAGCUGUCGCGUGAUCAGAAACAGUUUGCUGUGCGACGCUUUCCGAAUCUCCUGGAGUACCUCGGCUUCGUCUGGUUCUACCCGGCCGUGCUGGUUGGUCCGACUGAUAAUCUUUCCAGAUACUUGGCGUUCACUGAAGGACGUCUUGGUGGUGAUGACAAUGGACGUGUUCACUCUAGCUCUUUCGGCGCAGCUGCCAUUACCUUUGGCAAGACGAUCUUUGCCGCAGUUCUGUCAACUGUGCUGGCUGCCUAUUUCCCUAGCAAUCUCUUGAUCACGCCAGAGUUUGAGGCUCUACCACUGCCCUUGCGAUGGCUGCGUUGUCUGCCAAUGGGAACGGCUACUUUUGCCAAGUACUGCAUCGCUUGGGGCUUAACGGAAGUGUCCUGCACACUGGUUGGCUACAGCUACAACGGCACGGACAAGAAUGGCAAGAUGCGCUGGGAUCAGAUGAACAACGUUGAUGUCUUUGGCUUCCUCACCUACACCAGUUCUCAUGGUGUUAUCGACGUAUUCAACAAGAAGACCAACGACUACUUGAAGAGGUACAUCUUCAAGCGCGUUGCCUUCCUGGGCAACAAGAACCUCUCGAUGGCCAUCAUGGCUGCCUUCAUCUCCUUGUGGCAUGGUGUUCAUAUCAACUAUCUCAUUGUCUUUAUCCUCUGUGAAGUGCCAAUGGUCAUUGCUGAAAGACAGUUCUGGCCCGUCUUUGAGAAUUUGGCUGGCUUUACGGUUUGGACAGCACCAGGGCUGCUGCGCUAUCCCCUGAUUCUGCUUGCUUGGCUCUAUGCCCAUUUCUUCUUCACCUACGGAUCCGUCGGAAUGAAUGUUCUGCAAUGGAACAACUUGGUGCAGUCUUACAAGAACAUCUUCUUCUGUUGCCACAUCGCCAUGUUGAUGUGGUUCUCGACAUACGCUCUGCUCAUCCCAUCUCGUCUCAAGAAAUCACCCCAGGCCGCUGCCGCAGCAGCAGCAGCCAAGAAGCAGUGAAAGCACCGUGACCAUCGCCGGUGAGGAAUCGUUUCCCUUUAGUUCCCCGGAACGCCGUGCUAGUUUGUCCACUCUGCGUGUGUGUAGUCAGCAGGCUGCUUCGCUGUGUCCGGACACAGUACAAAUACGCAAGUAAUUGUGCUUUGGUGAAUGCUGGCUUUCACUUUUGACUGGUCGUUCUGCCCAACAGCGAGCUCAGCAUGUGACUAAAAGUACUUUUGGUGUGUGUGCACUCUGUGCGUUAUCAAACAAUACACACUUGGCUUCUUUUUGCCUUGACAGCCUUGCGACUCCCCAAAAUUCCAAUUGUUUAUUGUUCUGAUUCUUGACCUUUGAGAGUACGGAAUAUUUAUAACAGAGACUAACGACAUCUUUAUUAAAAUUUUGUAAUUAUAACAUUAGCUCUAGGAUAGAGCUUUUCAAAGGGCGCAUGCAACUGUCACUGCUACAGUUUAUUAGUACUGUAGUGAGUGAUUAUUUAUUCCGUGGCUUCAAGCUUGCGUGCUGCACUUGAUCUCAGACUGUUUUCUUUUACUCGUUCAGGAUUAUGGCGUGGAGUGUUUGAUUUUCUGAAUACGAAAGCUAGUACAAAGGCUAUUUGAAACUGA